AUGGCGUCUGAAUUGAAUUUGGGAGUAACAUGCGAUAUGCAUGUUCACCUUAGAGAAGGCUCUAUGAUGGAAUUGGUGGCUCCUACUGUGAGAGAAGGAGGGGUCUCUGUUGCCUAUGUGAUGCCCAAUUUACAACCCCCAGUCACCACAAUUGACCGUGUGGUUGAAUACAAGAAGAAAAUUCAAGGAUUGGCACCCCAAACAACUUUUCUAAUGAGUUUUUACCUUUCGAAAGAAUUGACUCCUGAACUGAUCCAUGAAGCUGCCUCUCGCAAGGCUAUCAGAGGUGUCAAGUGCUAUCCAGCGGGUGUCACUACCAAUUCAGCUGCAGGUGUUGAUCCAAACGAUUUUAGUGCUUUCUACCCAGUGUUUGAAGCCAUGGAAAAAGAGAAUUUAGUGCUUAACCUUCAUGGUGAAAAACCUUCGGUCAAUGACGGCAAACAGGCAGAAGAUAUACAUGUCUUAAAUGCAGAGGAAUCCUUUUUGCCUGCUUUGAAAAAACUUCACUCUGAUUUCCCCAAUUUGAAGAUCAUUCUUGAACAUUGUACCACCGAGGCCGCCAUCAAGGCGAUUGAAGACAUCAACAAAGACGUAAAGGAUUCAAAGGACAUUAAAGUCGCUGCUACUAUCACAGCACACCAUCUGUACUUGACAAUCGACGACUGGGCCGGCAACCCUAUCAAUUUCUGCAAGCCUGUAGCCAAAUUACCAAAAGAUAAAAGAGCAUUAGUGAGCGCAGCCAUUUCGGGCAAACCUUACUUCUUCUUUGGUUCAGACUCUGCUCCUCAUCCGCUAGAGAGCAAAUCAAGACACAUGGGAGUUUGUGCUGGUGUGUUUUCCCAGUCUCUAGCGAUUCCAUACCUUGCCCAAAUUUUUGAAGAACAACAGUCUCUUGACAAAUUGAAGGGUUUUGUCACUGAUUUCCCAACUCAAUUCUACCAAGUACCACAUAGUGACCUCAAGUCUCUUGAUGAGGCAGUGGUCUACAAGCAGAAACAAGUAGUGCCCCCCACCAUUUCAGACAAGCAAGGUUUACUAGUAGCUCCCUUCCUCGCUGGAUCAAAACUUAACUGGAGUGUCAAAUGGAUUGCAAAAUAA